GUCCGGCUGCAUCCCGACUUUGAGGCAGCUCUCAUGGAGAUAUUGUCGGAGCUCACACCGCCACACUCCAUUUGAACAUUUAUACUCUUUUUUUUUUUUUUUUUGUUCUUUAAUUUUUUAUUUUUUUUAAAUGGGCGUCGCACUCUUUUUUUCACCUCCACUCGCGGCGUUUUCUGCCCUUUUUAAUUCAUUCCCGUGCAAGGAUUUAACAAAAAAGAUGAUCCAGAUCGACAAUCCCGGCUGCACGGGCCUGCGUACGACUGAUUGCAACACAUAGAUCCCGAAAAGGAUUAUUAUUCAUAUAUGGACUGCAUUUGAUUUUUUUUUUUUUUUUUUUUUUUGACCCCCCGCUUCCGACCCCGGAUUUGGGAUUACUCUUGGGAAUGGAAGGACGGGAAUUCGCAGCUCCGGCCCAUCUCCUCUCAGAGCGAGGCGCCCUGGUGCACAGGGCCACCUCUCGGAUCGCCCCCUCCGGCCACGGCUCCGUGCAGCACACCGGCCACUUCCCACCGGGGAAAUACUACCCCUCACACAUACCAAUGGCUCCACACUCAGGAAGUGGAUUGAUGGGAAACUCCUCCGCCUCCUUCAUGGGGACCUUCCUGGCCAGUAGUCUGGGCUCACCGCCGUCGCACCCGUCGCACCAUUCCCGGCCGCCCUCCUCGCCUUCCUCGCCCUCCUUCCGAGGUGGACCCCAUUCCGGCGCCUCGCAAAUAUGGUUCUCCCAUUCCCAUGAAGCCGCAGCAGGGUAUCCUCGAUUCUCAGGGAGUCUGGCCCACACUUUUCUUCCCAUGAGCCACUUGGAUCCCCAUGCCAACAGCGGUGUUCUCUACGGCCAACACCGUUUCUAUGACACCCAAAAAGAGAACUUCUACAUUCGAGGUCUACCAUCACAGCCACCUCUCAUCUCGACCAAUCACAGUCUGCCGCCAAUGUCCAGGGCAGGUUCAGGACUCUCCCAGGGGCCUUGCAGCAGAGAAAGGGAUGCCGGUGGUGGAACAAGUCUCCAUAAGAGCCUUAAAGAAGGAACUGUGGAGAGGGGAGUGGGCCCUGUCAAAGAAAAGGAAAGGUCUAGUAGCAAACAUGAGGCAAAGGAAAGACAGCAACAGCAACAGCAGCAGCAACAGCACCACCACAACCACCAGUCUGCUCUGCCCACACAUCAACACCACCACCACCACCACUCCCACCCACAUCAGCAGCACUCGCACUAUCCACAGCACCCAUUGCCCCUGGAGGAGGUAAACAGUCGGGCCCUGGAGAGACACAAGGCAUCACUCCCAAUGGAAUACAGUAAGGAUCCCCAAAUGAUGGGCAAGUCUUUAAGUGCUUGCUUGCACAAUAGCAAGAUGCAAAAUGGAGAGACAGGAAACGUGGCGGUGCCUAAGACAUCCAUGUCCAGCUAUGGAGGGGAGGGCACACCCUUGGGAACUAUUGGAGGUGCGGGCAGCAACCAUGGCAGACAUAUGGGUUCCAACGGCAAUAGCCGCUGCACCAAAGAGGGGGUAAGUGGGGAGAUGCGGAUCAGUGAACAACCCUCAGAUUGUCUCGAAAGGGGUCAGGGACCACUCCACCACUCUCUAACCUACUCUGUAGCCCCGCCCUUACAGUUGGCUUCUACUGGGGGGGCACAACCCCAUCCACACCCGCACACUCACCCCCAUGCACAUGCUCACCCAGGAGGCUUUCACUGUCUACAGCUUCACCCAAGCCACCCGCACCAUCCACAUCCUUCCCACCACGCUCACCAUCACCCGGACUUCUUCUGUUCACCCCAUCCUGCCCCUCUUGGUAAUCCUGCCUCACACGACAGGGGGCCGGCAAAUGCAGGGCGUGAAACUAAAGUUACAGGGCCUACAUUUGUGCCAUCUGUGGCAGACACAGGGGACAAACACGGAGGGCCAUUCCAGCUUGGUAACCCUGACUUCCAGGUUGUAGGCAGUGGAGGUGGCAAUGUCAAGGACAAAGUUAUGGACAAGAAUGGUGGAGGAGGGGGACACCAUGGUAGUUGGCAUAGAAAACAACAACAACAGCAGCAACAACAGCAACAGCAUCAAUACAGAAAAACAGAGAAGGCUCCAGACUGGAUGCAGUCCCACCAACAACAUCUCCAAGCCUCCCAGCUUACUCCACUGAUCCAACAACAACAGCAGCAGCCUCCACAACCGCAGAAGCAACACCAGGUUGUACGGUCACGCAGUGCUGAGUGUGUAAACAGUACAGUGGACAUGGACAUGUUCAGAUCCUCGUUGCCCCCAACACCCAAGACUGGACACUCUCUCCCUCAUUCGGUCAACACUUCUCCUUACAGAGACUGUUCCCAUCCAGGACCACAACCUAACUCCUCCCCGCUUGGAAACAAAAAUAUGAGCCAGCACAGUGGUCCUGGCGGCAGCUGCUCCUUGCAAAGAGAUGGCCAAAAGGUAGCAAGGAUUCGCCACCAGCAGCAUGGGCGACCUGGCCCAGAUGCUCCUCCUGCGGGGGAGAUAAAUCAAGGGACGGUGCAGGAUAUGAAAAGAAAAAUGGACAUGGUUUACGGUUACAACAACAGUGGGCAGCAGCAGCACCAACAGUCGCCCGUGCCACAAUGGGCCAUGAGGCCUCCCCACCACAUGCCACAAACUGAGGAGGAACCAAUAAAGUCCUACAUGGAGUUAGGAAGCACUAAUAUGCAACAUUCCCAACAGCAGAGAAUGAAUCAGUCGACUCAGCAUGCACCUCCAGUCAGUCAGCAGCAGCAACAACCUGAGCCUCAAGGCCCAACUCGGGGGGAGAGCAGUGCCAUGAAAAGCUUACUUAAGUACAGCAAUCAGCAACAGCCACAACUCCUCUCUCAGAAAACCCCCUUUGGUGGCCUUGGGAACUUGAAAUCAGGUCCAGCUGGUGGAAGCUAUGCCCUGCAGAUUAACAAGCAGAAUCUACCUUCGAGGAAGGGUCCGGCCAAUGACAACGAGCGCCCUGAUUACAGCGGAAGGCAUCGGGAUAUUGGGGAUACAGGCCACGGGGAGAGUGAGGUGAGGCAACCGCCCGUUGGGAUUGCCGUGGCCGUGGCCAGACAAAGAGAACCACCGUGUCGUUCGUCAGAUGGUCAUCCCAACAGUCGACACAGCAGAGUGCAUCCCACUGUGAAAGGACCUCCACACACCGCCAUCUAUCCCUCAGAUACGACUACUGAGCAGGAGAGGAAAAUGAUGAGUGGGGAGCAAAUAGGUCUGACUUGUUUGGACAGAGAGAGGGAUGCAUACAUCAGAGAUAAUAAGGAGAGGGUAGAGUUUUCAAGGAUUCAUCCCUCGAACAGCUGUCAUGGGGACCUUGCUUCACAUCUCAUGGUCCCAGGCGGGACUUCCCUCCAAUCUGGCCAAUUAACAGACCCUGCUGCACAUUCUGCUCACCACCAUUGGAUGCCAAGGACUGGAAGCCCAUCCCUUUGGAUGACAGGACAUUCUUAUGCAGGUAUAGGUCAUACAGCCCUACACCAGAAUCUUCCUCCAGGUUUCUCAGCAGCAAUGCCAGGUCCUCUACAGCCAGUCCUGCCCUUGCCUCAGGAUCCUUCUGCCCAGUUGGUGGUCCUGCCCACUGAACCUCCAGCCCAUCCUGCAACCCAUCACCUUGAUGUGAUGGAACAGCCAGGUCUUUGGCCACCUGUGUACGGUGCCCGGGGUCCGGCCUCCCACAUGCAGCAUCCCACCAUGUACUCCCGAUCCCAGUUUCUACGACAACAGGAACUAUAUGCUCUCCAGCAGCAUCAGCAGCUUCAGCAUCAGCACCAAAGCCACCCGUCACAGCAACCACAACCACAACAUCAAGCCCAACAGCAGCAGCAUAAAGCUAUGCAUGGCAUGGACAUGCAACACCAUGCCACCCACAAUGCACAGCUGCAGAAGCGGGCAGAUGAAACUCCGGUUGAUCUGGGGGAACUCAUUCCAAAGUCAAGGACGUCAAAACCUGCCAAACCCUACUCUUACAACCCUCCUCAGAGAAACACCUCACCCCCUGGGGCCUGUACUGCUCACUUGUCUCCCUGUUGCCAGUCACCUACAAUGCGUCCACACCCCAAAAGCACUCCCUCUACACCUUGCCCCGUUGCCAGUCCGGCCGUUGCAGUCCCGCAUUCUCCCAACAUUAGUCCAGCUCCGACCCAGAUGCCCAAAGGGUCUGAAGCCCAGGAUAAGAGAGGCGAGGGUCAGCCCCAGCAGGAUUACACAGAAUCUUUGGAACCUGACUUGCCCCCUGGAUACACCUAUUCUGCAAUCACACUCGGUUACAGGAGUGGGCCUUCUCCCCAGGAUAUUAAGCUUGCAGAGCCAGCCGACCUGGAAGCCAUCCAAGCUGAGCCCUCCGAGCAUGCCCCCCAGGCCCUCUCCAGCCUAGGGGAGGGGCUGGACUGCCAAGCGGUGGUAAGGCCUCUCCCGGAGCCACUUGCGCCCAAGGAAGUGGAACAGGGAGACGAGGGGAGCACUGUGGAACGAGGCCUUGAUGAGAGGGAGGAGGCGGAGGGAGCAGUGGAGACAACAGCCAAAUAUGUAUCACAAGAGAAAGAGGUGAAGGAGCAGGGGACCGCAGAGGAAGAGGUGCUGGAUAGCCCGGUGUGUGAGACUGCUUCCUGUCCGGCUCCCCUUGCUACACAUGAGCCUGAAAGGCCCGAGGCUGUCAUCACUUUGGAAGAUGAGGAUGAUGAUGACCUUGUGGGCGAGGAGAGCCAAGUGGAACAAGUUACAAAGGUCACCCUGUCAGAAGAGCCGGAGCCGGCACUGGGCAUCCUGGGUGUGCUUACCCCUGCCACUCCUGAGGGACGUGAGGAGCAGUCCCCUGAAGUGGACAGCAAUGCGUCAUUGAAUUUGACGUCCAAUGCACCGGCGUCCGUCCCUAGUCUGAGCGAAGCUGUCGUCGCAGAAUCCCAGAAACCUCUUGUGCCGUGCUACUGGAGCCUUGAGCUGCUUAUCGCGGCAGCUUUCUGCACAGACGUACCCCCAUUUCCUUUGUUUCCCUUCAGCACCCCAACAGUAAGCCCGUCACCGCCCAACCCCUGUCAGGGGAUGGAGCUUCUGAGUGAGGUGGCUGACCUAGAGCUACAGCAGAAAAGGCACAACUGUGGGGAAAGCCAAGAAGAAGAGUCGCUGAUGUUUGACCUCCACAGCCUUGCAACGCUGGCCACGGCCCGAUCGCUGGAGACAAACUCACAGGAAGGCAGCGGUUUGUGCACGAGUCGACAAUUCCCAGCACGGAAGACCUUCAAUUUGCGUCGAAAAUGCAGUUGGACUCCUCGAAACGAACCGGUGUGCCAAGCGAAAGGCAGCAUGGAAACAAUGGACGCUCCAGAGCUGGAGAUGCGUGUGAAGCUGGCAGAGCUUCAGCGUCACUACAAGGAGAAGCAGAGGGAGCUGGCCAAGCUGCAGAGGAAACACGAUCACCAGAAAGAGGAGACGCCUCGAAGCCCGGCGAGAAGAGGCCCGGGACGACCGAGGAAGAGGAAGCCCACUACACUAACUACGAGCUCGGUAUCGUCCGAGGGACAGAGGAAAGUCAAGAUGAUCGUGGCCGGGCAUUCUCUGACGCCUGAGGAGUUAGGAGGGGGCGGAGACAACCAGAGAAGGAAGAAGAGGAUGUCCAGUCGAGCCUUUGAGCAAGUCAGCGGCACACAGAUUAAAGCGCAAGGUUGCAGAAAAGGAGACACUCCAGGCGCACCUGGCUCCAAGCUGUCCACCGACGCGGCGCAGCUCAAACAGAAGAGCCAGGGUAAAAAGAAUCUCUCAGGGACGCGUCACAGGGACAAGGAUGUCUCGCCCUGCGGCUCAAAGCACGGACACCGAAACCAGGGCGCCAGCAAAACUGAGUUCAGGCGAGACUCGGGUGGGCAAAGCGACACAGCAGCCAGCGUGGACAGUGGCACCCAGGAGAGCUGGGCUAUGAAAGGGGGCCAGGAUUUCACUCACCAGACCAAGACGGGUCCUCGGACUGUCCGUGGUACAAGACAGGAGUCAUUGGGAGAGAGUUCCAAUCCUGAGAGCGACUCCUCAGAACAAGGAGAAGAAGAAGAAGAAGGCAGUAAUGACAGCGAUGAAGGUCAAGAACCAAGAGCCCAACAUUGCAGGGAUGUGACUCCCAGUUCCACCGUGACAGAUCCGAGUCCUUCCUCUAUUGUAAAACUCGAGGCAAAUCAGAAAGCUCGGAACAAAAAACAGAGACAGGAGCUUCAUGGCUCCCAUAGUCUUUCUGGCGCAGAAGGCGAGGUCAAAGUCAGGAAGAAGAACCCCUCCAGUAGGCUGGGUUCAGUCAAAAGCCGCCACGAAGACCAGAUCAGGGCGGAUCAUAACUUCAGGAGAGCGUGCACGCCCAGAAGCAAGGAGCCUCGGUGGGGGAACCACGGCAACAGAGGCAACCGGUUCCGUCGUAGCAUGGGACUGCCCAUCUUCCCGUCCACGACUGAGAGGUUAAAGAGGGCAACACGCAAAAGCACCAUGUUGAGAGGAAGCAUCAAGCAGAGAAAUUGCUGGGCGCCUUUUACAAAGAGCGAGGAUGGCAGCAAAAGCAGAAGAGCCAAGGACCAGCCAAAAGGUCGAGCGGUUAGUCGACUCUUGGAGAGUUUUGCAGCCGACGAGGGCUUUCAGAUGGAUGGCAGCAGCUUCUCAGAGGAAGACGAGGAGGAGGAGAACAGUGAUUCAUGCACAAAGAGUCCUGAAGUUCCAAAUUGUGUCCUGACCAAAGAACUGUUAUCAGAUGGACUAAAGAUACUGGUCUCUAAGGAGGAUGAACUUUUGUACGCUGCCAGGGUGCACACUAUGGAGCUCCCAGAUAUAUUUAGUGUUACAAUUGAUGGAGAAAGAGGAAACCGAGCAAAGAUCUAUUCAUUGGACCAACUGCUGCGGGAAGCUGUCCUGGAUCUGCGCCCUGAGUCCCAGGCUAUGCUGAACGACGGAACCAGGGUGUGUGCUUACUGGAGUGAACGCUCACGAUGCUUGUACCCGGGCUAUGUUCGCAGAGGGACUUCCACUGAUGACGCCAAGCCAGGAGUAAUGGUAGAGUUUGACGACGGAGACAGAGGGAAGAUUUCUGUACCAAACAUCCGCCUCCUGCCACCAGGAUAUCAAAUUCAAUGUGGGGAGACAUUUCCUGCUGUGUCGGUAUCGAGUGGGACGGUCAAGAAAAACCCCAAUUUCAAUCAUGCCUCCAGUGACAGACUCAACACUCUCAGUUCUCUCAAAAACAACCAACCUCUGACUCUUCCAAAGAGAAGACCAGGGAGACCAAAGGGUUCUGGGAAAAAGCAAAAACAACAACAGCUGGCUGAAAGCAGCAAUAAAAAUUCUUCCCUUUUUGCGGCCUGGUCUUCAUUGACCAGCUCCAGGAAAAGAAUGACCCACAAUCUAUUUCAGCUUAAUGGGACACCCAGAAAGACCUUGAGAUUGAAGGAAGAUGACUCAUUUGCUUUGACUCAGAUCCAACCGCUUCUGUCCGCCCCAUCCAAAGGGCUUUUCAGCAGUAGCUCCUUUGAGGUGGACUCCUUUCACAGUAUUGCAAAUGGCUACUCCUCCUUCUGUACCAAGUCAAUGGGAUCAGGUCCGGAUUUAUCUGUUGCGCCUAAAAGUGGCCUCUAUGGACCGAGGCGUAGGCAAGACGAGCCGGUGAUGCCGAGGGGCAAGAAGUCCGGACAAGAAUUUUUGGUCAAGUUAGAUCAUGAAGGAGUAACGUCCCCAAAGACCAAGAACAGCAAGGCUAUGUUGCUGCGUGGUGGUUCUUCCGGCAUGAGUGCAAUGCCUAAAACAGAGGUGUACUCGCAUCCGGUCCUUUUGGUUAAAGACAAUAAAAAGGGCAGCAACUCAAGAGUAGAACUUCUCUUGAAAGGAUCCAUACCCCAAAGAAAGCCUUCAUCUUCAGUGCGUCUUGGAGAAUACGGGGGCUUCAGCUCGCGUCGAGAGUGUCAUAGCUCCUACUCUGAUAUGGAUGAGGAAGAAGAAGAGGAGGAGAGGAAAAGGACUACACUUGCAUUAGCUUCAGGUGGACUACGAACUGCUGGCCAUUUUCUCUCCCAUCUCCCGGUUUCAUCCUCCUCUUCUGGUUCGUCGAGUUCCUCUUCAUCAGGCUCAAUCUCCAGUUCGAGUCUGUGUUCCUCUGACAAUGACUCCUCCUACAGCUCAGAGGACGAGGAACGUUCUACACUGAUGCUACAGAGUUGCCUGUCAUCUCAUCGGGGGCUGCUACAACCCAGUGAACCCUCCACUUCUUCAAGGCAACAUUCAUUCGUUGCCAAAGCGUUGGCUGUUUCUAAUACCAAAGGAUCUUCAGACAGUCACAUGUCCAACGGCAAAUCCCUGAAGAGGAAAGCGUGUUCGAUCUCUAAGUCAUCUCGAGAAUAUGUGAAGAAACCUAGGAUGCUACCAGAGGGUAAUUCAUGCAUUUCAAGACCCAAGAUGUCCACAUUCCUUGCAGGACGCCAGAUGUGGAGGUGGUCUGGCAGCCCUACACAGAGACGAGGUCUAAAGGGGAAGGCCAAGAAGCUUUUCUACAAGGCCAUCACUAGAGGAAAAGAAGCCGUGAAAGUGGGAGACUGUGCCGUGUUUCUCUCAGCAGGUCGCCCUAACCUUCCCUACAUCGGUAAAAUCGAGAACUUCUGGGAAUCCUGGACCUCAAGCAUGGUGGUCAAAGUCAAAUGGUUCUACCACCCUGAAGAGACCAAGCUGGGAAAGAGGCAUCGAGAUGGCAAGCAUGCCUUGUACCAGUCAUGUCACGAGGACGAAAACGAUGUCCAGACAAUCUCUCAUAAGUGCCAGGUGGUAAGCCGGGAGGAGUAUGAGACUAUGACAUGUGAUCAGAAGCCAAACAGUACCUCUCCAGACCUGUACUACCUGGCUGGUACAUAUGACCCUACUUCUGGUCAGCUGGUCAGUGCGGAAGGGGUUUCGAUCAUGUCCUGAACCUCUGCUAUGAGGAAAACUACUGAACAAUUGCUCUUAUACCUGCAUACCUGUUGCUUCCUUACACACUGGAGACGAUUACUGGAAGAGAAGGGGAUUCCCUUACCGGUUCUUUCAGACAGAACUGGCAGAACUUUGGGUCUUCUUGUUCAUUGCAACCUUCAAUAACUCGUGUGAUUGACCCGUACACCACAGAUUCUCUCACCAAAACAAAGCUGCAUUGAACAGGGGCCAAGAACCACAAGUCUCGAUGGUCCCUGAGGACCAAUUUUUUUUAAACGGAAGCCUGAAGGAAGAGACCCGAAGCCUUGCAUUCCAGGGAAACGUGUAAAGGUAAUGUCUGUAAAUAUUUGAAAUUGUCCCAAAAAUCAAGCCAUACACUUCAGUACCUCUCACCUGUCUUCACUGUUCAGGUGUACAUUGUACAGACGGAUUAUCGUAUUGUUGUCUGAUGUCUAUAUUGUACAUAAAAGCUAUUUUAUACGGGAGUAUAUUGUAUAUACAUGAGAUGUAAUCUUUCCAUGUUUGCGAUUGAUUUUUAUUUUUAUAUGUGUAUAGAUUGUUUGAAUUGUUUUCUUUCCUUUUGCUCAUGAUUGAAGAUGUUAGCAUUGCACUGCAUAUGCCCUGCUGAGACAGAAACAAAGACACAGCACAGACAAGAGAGAAGGAUUUCGUCUAGAACAGGUCAAAACUCACUUUCUGAGAGAUGUGGAGUCAUUCUGUUAAAAAAAAAGGUCAAGUGGCUUUUUGUUAUGUUCUGUUACUAAGGAUUUUUUUUUUUCAACCUAUCGUUUUUUUUGUUAUUAGGGACCGCAAUGUCCCUUUGGGACAGAGGACCCUAUUGUAUUUUGUGUGUUUUAUUAUUAUUCCGCCGCCUCUUUGAGCUGUAAUUUGACCCCCUUAACAUGCUUCAAAACUCACCAUAUUUGACACACACAUCAGGACUGGUAAAAUUUGCCAUCGAAUCAAAAAACCAAACCCCAAAACUGCGCUCUAGCGCCCCUUAGAAAAAAACACAGACAAAACUGCUUGCAACUUCCGGUUUGAAUGUCGUAGAGACAUGAAACUAAAACCUCUAUGUAGGUCUCACUUAGACCUACAUUUCAUACAUUGACAUCCUUCAGCAAAAAUCAACAGGAAGUUGGCAAUUCCCCCUUCAAAACAAAUUUUUAGUAAAAACAGUCACUUUUGCCUCUUUGAGCUGUAAUUUGACCCCCUCAACAUGCUUCAAAACUCACCAAACUGGACACACACAAUAGGAGUGGCAAAAAUUGCGAUUUGAUAAAAAACCCAACCCUAAAACUUAAAAUUGCGCUCUAGCGCCCCCUAGGAAGAAAACACAGACACAAGUGCUCCUAGGAAGAAAACUCAGACAAAACUGCCUGUAACUUCCAGUAGGAAUGUCUUAGAGACAUGAAACAAAAACCUCUAUGUAGGUCUCUUUUAGACCUACAUUUCAUAAAUUGACAACCCCCAGCAAAAAUCAACAGGAAGUUUGCAAUUCCCCCUUCAAAACAAAGGUUUUGUAAAAACCGGUCACCUUUUUUCAAACAUUAUCUCCUCUGAGCGCGUUUGUCGUGUCGGCUUCAAACUAGCACAGGAGAGAGAUUGAACCCUUCUGAUUAAAAGUUGACCAAAGAGUUUUAAUUGCUGCUCCGGUUUGGCUUUUAUGUGCCGUCAAAGUCGGUCCCGUCCAUCGCUGCUUGCAGCUUUAAUUAGGGACCGCAAUGUCCCUUUGGGACAGAGGACCCUAUUGUAUUUUGUGUGUUUUAUUAUUAUUCCGCCGCCUCUUUGAGCUGUAAUUUGACCCCCUUAACAUGCUUCAAAACUCACCAUAUUUGACACACACAUCAGGACUGGUAAAAUUUGCCAUCGAAUCAAAAAACCAAACCCCAAAACUAAAAAUUGCGCUCUAGCGCCCCUUAGAAAAAAACACAGACAAAACUGCUUGCAACUUCCGGUAUGAAUGUCGUAGAGACAUGAAACUAAAACCUCUAUGUAGGUCUGAUUUAGACCUAGAUUUCAUACAUUGACAUCCUUCAGCAAAAAUCAACAGGAAGUUGGCAAUUCCCCCUUCAAAACAAAAUUUUAGUAAAAACAGUCACUUUUGCCUCUUUGAGCUGUAAUUUGACCCCCUCAACAUGGCAAAAAUUGCGAUUUGGUAAAAAACCCAACCCCAAAACUUAAAAUUGCGCUCUAGCGCCCCCUAGGAAGAAAACACAGACACAAGUGCUCCUAGGAAGAAAACUCCGACAAAACUGCCUGUAACUUCCAGUAGGAAUGUCUUAGAGACAUGAAACAAAAACUUCUAUGUAGGUCUCACUUAGACCUACAUUUCAUAAAUUGACAACCCCCAGCAAAAAUCAACAGGAAGUUUGCAAUUCCCCCUUCAAAACAAAGGUUUUGUAAAAACCGGUCACCUUUUUUCAAACAUUAUCUCCUCUGAGCGCGUUUGUCGUGUCGGCUUCAAACUAGCACAGGAGAGAGAUGGAACCCUUCUGAUUAAAAGUUGACCAAAGAGUUUUAAUUACUGCUCCGGUUUGGAUUUUAUGUGCCGUCAAAGUCGGUCCCGUCCAUCGCUGCUUGCAGCUUUAAUUAGGGACCGCAAUGUCCCUUUGGGACAGAGGACCCUAUUGUAUUUCGUGUGUUUUAUUAUUAUUCCGCCGCCUCUUUGAGCUGUAAUUUGACCCCCUUAACAUGCUUCAAAACUCACCAUAUUUGACACACACAUCAGGACUGGUAAAAUUUGCCAUCAAAUCAAAAAAACCAAA